GGUGAAUAUGUUUGGUCCAGCUGGACCACCAUACUUGUUGUGUUUGUUUUAGUGAAAGCAAAGAUGGCGAACGAACUGGACAGAGUGCGAAUCUCAGCUGCGGAACUCCGAGCUGAAACGUCGAACUCAAGUAAUAUUACUGACUGUCAGAAAGAGGAGCAACAGGAGCAUCGUGUACACAAGCAGCAAAGGAGGCGUGAAGGAAAGCGAACUGAUUUGCAGCGCUUCCAGUCGGUAGCUGGACAUGGACGGUGUCACCGUGACAGUGAGGAGGGAGAACCUGGUCAAAGUGAUCCCCUGGCCGCUGAUUUAUAUGAGCAUGAUCAACCAUCACAGAGUGAGAAAAAGGGUGCCCCUGAAAAAGUUUUAGAAAGACAUGGGUGCACAGACGAUGGGACGAGUACCGACAAAAGGGAAGAAGACAGGAUGAGAGGUGACGGUAGUAACACUCAGAACUGUAGAAAGGGCAGCCGCUCACAGUCUAAAACGGAAGCAAAUCAAGCAAUAGGUUUUGUUGAAAAUGACAGAGAACACCAGGAACCUGCUGGAGCUGCUAAGCCGACAAAGAAAGCCCGCAAACCAGACCGGGAAUUUUACCAACCUGGGAGCCGGAGGAACAUUCAGGGAAAGGACUGUGGAAUUGGAAGAGAGCAGGAUAAGCCUCCCUCUAGGAAGCAUGAGCAGAAAACUGAACCUGAAUCCCAGUUAAGUACAGGGGAAAGGGAGGGGAACAAAAAAAUGUCUACACAUAAGCAGGGAGGAAAAGAUAUAAAAGGUAUACAGGAAAACGUAAAACUGUCUAAAUCCAGUGAGACAAACCGAAAGCAACGAAGCCGAGAUGUGGAAAAACCUCCAUUACCCUCUAAUGCUUCGGUGGAGAAAAUUACUAGCAAAGUAGAAAAGCUCAGCGUGAAAGAAAAGGGUAAAGUGGGACAUGAAGGCCAAGAUAUUGAAGAGUUAAGUUACAGGAGAGAGGAAACGACUGAUAAGGAAAGGAGAGGCCAAGGGGGAGGAACAAAAGAGGAGGAAGAAAAGGUAGAGAAGAAGAGGGAGAAGGGAAAUCGCAGACUUAGAGGAGGGGAGAAGGAAAAGAGGAAUCAGGAUUCUAGAAGAGGAGAAGAUGAAGUAGGUGGUGGAGGAAAGAGCGACCGGGGGAAAACUGAGAAGGAAAGAGACAGGAGAGCAGCAGAAUCAGACAGGGAUAACAAACCAGGUAAGACAGUAGAGACACACCAAAGCAAAGGAAGAGAGAAUCGCAGAGAAAGCAGAAGAGGAGACAACAACAACCGGUCCAGAGAUGUUGAGAAAGAUGCCAAGAUGCAAAGAAAUGUAGACAGUGCUGUAGAAAGAGGUGAAAGAAACAAAUUCAAUGCAAACAUCACAACACCAACAUCAAAACGCUAUUCCAGAUCAGAUAUUCGGCGCUCACGGAAUCGAACUUACAGUAGUAGCUCAGCCAGCAGUGUGACCAGCCUGGAUGGUCCUGGACUAAGAAUGGAUGUGGAGAGUACCAAGUGGCCACACUUGGAGCCUAGGCACAAUAACAAAGAGGGGAUUGCUAAUAGUAGAGAAGGACGAAGGAGUAAUUUACAAAGCUGGACAACCAAUGGGGAAUCAUCUACAGAAUCAUUGGAAGGGAGUGAGAUGAGUGACAUAGCAGAAGAUAGAGGAAGGAGAAAAAGAGGUGGGGAGGAAGAGCUAAGUGCAGAGAGCCGGAGGGAAGAAAGGAACAGAUCAAAGGGGGACAAAGGUGGAGGUCGGGGAAUCCUAAGGGUUUCUCUAGAAAAACAGUCGGGUACUUCGUCACAUGGUGGGGUUGCCCAACAUCGCAAGCAAGGCUUGGUUCCUCGUGGCAGAGGUGGGGGUAUCCUGGUGCUUCCAGCCCGCACAGACAUCUCUAAUUCACCUGAGGUUGGGCAAAGGCUUCUUUUUGGUGGAAUUAGGGGAGGAGCAGCUUGCAGGAGUAGAGGAGGCAGAGGAGGAGGAAUGAGACGACUCUGGGAUCCAAAUAACCCAGACCAGAAACCUGCUCUUACCAGCACCCAGUCUUCACAGCAUUCAUCUCUCCAACAGCCUAUAUAUCUUCAGACAGGGACUGGAUAUGGACAACUUCACUUUCUGGACACAGACGAUGAGGUAGCAGGCAGUCCUCCGGUCCCGCAGGGUGAGCACUUUCGAUCCAAGCAGGCUGCUGCCAUGGCCUACUACAAAUUCCAAAACUCUGACAACCCCUACUGUUACCCCAUGCCCACCAGCAACAUGCAUAAUCCUGGCACCACCACCAGCCAGCGCUAUCCAUAUCCCUAUCAUAUGGGGCCCUACCAAAUGGCUCCCUCUAACGGUAUAUACCCUGGUGGCCCUGGUGUGGGCCAGUUCUGUGGGAGUUACAGGGGAGCAGGUUAUUCCCAGCCAGGUGCAGGAAGUGGUUUGACAUUUGAAGAGGUGGAGCAACAAGCCAGAGGGGAGCUGGUGAGGUUGCUGAGGGCUGCAGAUGCACAGGAGCUCCAGCUUAGUAACCUGCUGUCCAGGGACAGAGUGAGUGCUGAUGGACUGGAUCGCAUGGCCCAGCUCAGAGCUGACCUUUUGGGGCUAUAUGAGCAGGUCAUCCUGACAGACAUCGAGUUCUCAGACUCUCAGUGUGCAGAUCAGGCUUUGUGGAAAAACGUCUUUUACCAGGUCAUAGAGCGCUUCCGGCAGUUACUCAAAGACCCCACCUAUGACAACACCCCUCAUAUCAGGAACAUGCUGCUCACGCUGCUUGAUGAGGGAGCACUAUUCUUUGAUGCGCUGCUUCAGAAGCUGCAGACAGUGUACCAGUUUAAGUUAGAGGAUUACAUGGAUGGCAUGGCUAUCAGGGCUCGGCCAUUGCGCAAAACGGUAAAGUAUGCACUUAUCAGUGCUCAGCGCUGCAUGAUUUGUCAGGGAGAUAUAGCACGUUACCGGGAACAAGCCAGUGACUCGGCCAACUACGGCAAGGCUCGCAGCUGGUACCUGAAAGCCCAACAGAUUGCCCCCAAAAAUGGACGACCAUAUAACCAGCUAGCCCUGCUGGCAGUCUAUACAAAGCGGAAGUUGGAUGCUGUGUAUUAUUACAUGCGCAGCUUGGCAGCUUCCAACCCCAUCCUGACUGCAAAGGAAAGCCUGAUGAGUCUGUUUGAGGAAGCUAAGCGUAAGGCAGAGCAGCUUGAGCGAAGGAGGAGGCAGGAGCAUGAAGGAGGCUCCAGGGGUCCAGCAGUAAGAGGAAGAGGAAGAGGGGAAGAUGGAGCACGUGUGGAGAUUUGGAUUCGCCCCAGCGGACAAGCAGCAAACCCAUCCUCGCAGAGAGGAGGCAGUGAAUCCAGCAGAGACUCUGAACAGGAUGGAGAGCUGGGCAGUCUCAGCACUAGUGAUCUAAAUAAGAGAUUCAUUCUGAGUUUCCUGCACGCACAUGGAAAACUCUUCACUAAAGUGGGCAUGGAAUCCUUCCCAGGAGUGGCUAGCCGUGUUUUGCAGGAGUUCAGGACGCUGCUCCAGCAUGGCCCUUCCCUACUGGGCAGCACACACAUGCUGCAGAUUAUCACCAUCAACAUGUUCACCAUUCACAAUGCCCACAACAGAGGUGAAGAAGGAGAAGUGCGGCCCAUUUUACAAGAGCAAAGCACUGCCCUGGGUCUUGGCAUGUUUGCACUACUGGUGCAGCGCUGCACAGAGCUGCUCAGAGAUACUCCUGCAGAACCAGUCCACAUGGCAGAUGGAGAGGAGGAGGAUAAAGGGGAGGAGCUGGAGGGUAUGGUGAGGGUCUCUGCCUUCCCAUUGGACCUUAGAGAACUACUGCCAAGCAUCAAGGUCUGGUCUGACUGGAUGUUGGGACACCCAGACCUGUGGAACCCACCACCAUGCAGUAUAGAUUGCUGCCCUGAUGUUUGGCAGUGCCUGGCUGAUCUGUGUAACAUGCUGGCACGUGUGGACCAUGAGGAAGUGCCGUUGUACAAAGUCGACACUGACGAAAGCGAGGGAGAUGAGGAGUUGACUGUGCUGCAAUUGAAGGAGGACAGGCUGCUUGCUGGCUUUGUACCACUGCUGGCUGCACCACAGGAGCCCUGCUACACAGACAGACACACUGACAUGGCAAUAGCAGCAGAUUGUAAGAGAGUGACGGUGCUGAAGUACUUUCUGGAGGCUUUGUGUGGACAGGAAGAGCCUCUGUUGGCCUUCAAGGGAGGCAAAUACAUCUCUGUGGCAACUUCUCCUCCAGCUAGCCACUCAAUGGACACAAGGAGCAGGCAGGAUUCUCUAACAGAGAAAGAGGCUGAUGAUGUCAUAGUCGAGGCAGAGUCCUCUCCCUCAGCAUCAGAAGGGGAGGAGGAUGCCGAGGAUGCGGGAGACAGUGAGAAUGACAUCAGGCAGCUGAAGGCGCGACGCCACGCCCUCACCAACAAACUGGCACAGCAACAGAAGCGUAGGGAUAAAAUACAGGCGGUGCUGCAGACAGGCGGGCAGUUGGAGCUGGAAGUGAGGCCUCUCUUUUUGGUUCCAGAUACCAAUGGAUUCAUUGAUCACUUGGGAGGGCUGAAGAAACUCCUUCAGUGUGGAACAUACAUAAUAGUUGUGCCACUCAUCGUGAUUACAGAGUUAGAUGGCUUGGCUAAAGGCCAGGACAACUUUGGUGGAGGAGUGGGGUCAGGAGGGCGCGGCACUGGCAGUCGUGGCAACUAUAAUGUUACUGCAGCCCAUGUGCGGUCUGUGCAGGAGAAGGCCCGGUUGGCAGUGGCUUUCCUAGAGAAAGGAUUCGAAGCCAGGGAACCGUACCUGAGAGCGCUGACAAGCAGAGGAAAUCAGCUUGAGUCUAUUGCCUUCCGCAGUGAAGACACCUCUGGACAGCAGGGUAACAAUGAUGAUGUGAUUCUGUCCUGCUGUCUCAACUACUGCAAAGACAAGGCAAAAGAUUUCAUGCCUGAUCAGAGAAAUGGGACAGUGAGACUCCAAAGGGAGGUGGUGCUCCUUACAGAUGACCGUAACCUGCACGUCAAAGCUUUGACCCGCAACGUACCGGUCCGAGACAUCCCUGCUUUCUUAAGCUGGGCCAAAGUGGGCUGAAUCAGACUAAGCUGGAAUCAAAGGAGCCCAACUGCUGAAGUCUGCUUGCCACUCAGCCAAGCAGUGGAAGAAGAGGAGAUAAAAGGGGAGAGGAAAUGAUAAAGAAAGCAAAGCACCACUUCUUAUGAAUUACAAGCAAAUGUAGUGAGAGCAGGGUGGUUUCCGUGAGCUUUUCCCCCCUUGUGAUGAAGUGUGUGUGUAUGUAUGUGUUAAGAUCAGUGAGCUUCCCCAGAAAGAGACAGGGAGACUUGAUAAGUCUCAGGAAGGUUGCAUUGGAAGUGAGUAAGGAGGUAAAAAUGGAGCAAUUUGAUUUGUAAGUUGUCUGGUCCAGCCUCCAGCCUCCAGCCUAGUUAGUGAGUGUGUACUCUGAAGCAGUAUUCAAAUUUGAGGCUAAUGAUAGAAUGAGGCAGAGAGAGAGGGUGUUAUGGUCAUUUAAUUGAUUAAAGACAGCAGUAAUGAAGGCCAUAACUGGCACUUCCACACUUCUCUGAGGGCCCAGUCAUAUGGACUGCUUUGGCCUCUACAGCAAAGCUGAGAAAAAGGUAGGCAGAGAGAGAGGCAAACCUGGAGGGUCUUAGUACAGUAAAACAUGGCUGAUUGUAGUGAGGGCUAAUCAAGACCCUUCAUGCAACCUCAGCACCUCCAAGGAAUCACAUGCAGGUAUGGUAUUUCCUGCUAACCUGGGAAAUUAUUAUGCCUGUUUGGUAACUUGGGUUGUUCCUCCAGCUUGAUGCUAAGAUUAAGUUUGGGUAUUGAAAGAAAAUGUUUUUGAAAAAGUCAACAACAACAAAAAGCAUUGGUUUAUUAUUUAUUUUCCUGUUUUUGAGCUUGUGUAAAACGUUAUGUUCUUGCAGGCCAUUUCUCCAUUUUAUAGACUGAUGAUAAGCAUCUGCAAAGUUUUCUGCAAAACUUGGGUGCAAAUGUAUUUGGAAAUAAUCAUUUGAGCAGUAUAACAAAUUUGUGAGAUUUAAUAUAUCAAGACUACUCAGUUGGUUUGUGGUGAUAUUUCAGCAGAAAAUGAUGACUAACUUUAUGGAAUUUUGUCCUUUUGAGCAGUACCACCCAUCUGUCAUUUAAAACAAUAUGAAACAAAAAUUUGCGAAUACAGUUUGACCCAGGUCUGCUUUGGACAGCCACAAUGUUAGGAGAUGGUUUGGCCCUUGACAGUGACUUUGCAGAUACUUUAUUAUUGAGUACCAUUGGUCGCUAUUUCACUUUAUUUUCUGUUCAUCUUUACAAUCAUAUUGGUCUUUUUGUGCUUUUCAGUUGCUGAGUUAUGUCCCCUGGAGUCACUGAGUUAUGUCAGUGUAUGUUUCUGUGUGUAUUUGAGACAGUGGCUGGAUGCUCAAAAUAGAUGUAAUGUACACCUAUGUCCUCUGUUAUAUUACAUCAUACAUAUUUAAUUAUUCACUCAUCACAGUUUGAUCAUAUGGAUUUAAAGUAAUAUUGUAUGUAGAAGUGGCUAUCUUACUUUCUAUUUGUCUCGUAACUUUUCAGCUAGGCUCGUACAACUUCCAUCAGCAGUUGAUGUUUCUGUAUUUGUGUGAAACGUCAGACAGGUUUUUACAUUUUUUUUCAGCCCCUCUAUUCUGGUGCUACUGUAGUGUUCAGUGCAAUCUACUGUGUUAAGUAGAACUGUUGCAGUGUUUUAGUGUCGGAGGAAACGUAGUAAAUACAUAAUCAAUUUAACACAUAUUCCUUUUUCAUCCUCCAUCAUUAAAAAUAUUUUGAAGGCAUUGUUUUUUACCUCCAUUAAUGUGCAGAAUGUGAUAUUAUCAUCAGAAUAGGCCUUUUCACAGCAGACAUACUAAUAUGCCUCUGUCAAAUUCAAGUGUCCCAGUAACUUGUGACAGUGAGCCGGCAUGCACAAUAACAGGACCCCGAAACUGAAGCAGCUAAAGUAAUUUUCCUUCUGCGACCUGUCAAAAUGUCUACUGUGAAGAAGGCCUAUAGUUGUGUUGCACACAAAAAGAUGUUCUUCAUAUUCACUUAAACCUUAACAUAGAAACGUACAGAGCCAUAUCAUCAAAACUUGCCUCUUUUUGGAAUAAAUGGAUAUGUGAAAGUCUUAGUUUUUGUGUACAUUUAGAUCACUAAAUGGUCAAUUGGACAGAGUUGAUAUACUUGUGAGAAACUAAUUACUGAACACAAAGAUUAAGUUAGUACGUACAAAUGUUGACACAAUAAAAUGUAAUUAAUAAACAA